UUAAUACAGCACAGCAUCUAUUAAAAUUAAGACAAAAACGUUAAACUAGUUGAUCAUUUCAAACUCAUCUGUCACUCCUACCUAAAAAAGUCUUACAUAGUAAACAAGCCUCCGUCUCACUAUCCACGUUCUUUCUUCCCUUAACAUAAGUCACUUAUUAGUUAUUACAAUACAACCAGCACCCACACACACACGCUCGUUGACCAAUAUCUCGAUAUAACGGUAAUCGGAACCUCAAUCCUAAUUUCAUUCGAAAUCAUGUCGAUCCGGUUGAUUUUAUCCCUCCUGUUGUUCGUAGGAUUCGUGAAUUCACAAUCACCGCCGCCACCGAGCCCGAUCGGUCCGGAGUACCCGUACGCGAAAUUCAGCCCUUCGAUGGCGAUAAUAAUUGCCGUGUUGGUCACGGCACUUUUCUUCAUGGGAUUUUUCUCGAUUUAUCUUCGUCGUUGUGCGGACACAACGACGGGAGGGAGUAUGCGCCCCGCGCUCUCCCUCCGGAGACGCCAAGCGGCGUCUCGGGGAUUAAGUGAGGAAGUGAUCACCACUUUCCCCACUAUGGCUUAUUCAGAAGUGAAGGAUUUGAAGAUUGGGAAAGGCGCGUUGGAGUGCGCGGUUUGCUUGAAUGAAUUCGAGGAUGACGAGACUUUAAGAUUGUUGCCUAAGUGUGACCACGUUUUUCAUCCCGAGUGCAUUGAUUUGUGGCUUGCGUCGCACGUUACUUGCCCGGUCUGCCGGGCUGAUCUCGUGCCUAAACCGGUCGAGUCUGCGGAGCUGCUGGCUCGACCGGAGGAGGAAAAUGUGGUGGAUCAUAGGGAGGAGAUUGAAGUUGUGGUUGUUUCUAGUGGUGGUGAUCAAGUGGAUGUGAAUCCGCAAGAACCGGCGGUUUCGAGGGUAAUGAACCGGACCGGGAGUUUGCGGUCGAACCGGCCGCCGCGGUCGGGUUCGGUCCGGUCGAGAAUUUUUGGGUUUGGGAACAAGUUUCCGCGGUCUCAUUCGACGGGUCAUUCGCUGGUGCAGUUAGGAGAGAAUGUGGACCGGUACACUCUACGAUUGCCGGAGGAAGUAAGGAAGGAGAUAAUUCGGAGGGCGUUGUUGAACCGGACCGGGAGUUGCGCUGAACCGGGUUCACGAAAAGGGCAUCAAGCCGGAGAGGGUUCGAGCCGGGGAAAAUCUUACAGGCGGUUGGGGAGCUUGGAAAAUGUAGUCAAGUCAGACCGGUGGGUUUUCUCCAAAAUGCCGUCGUUUUUGUCGAGAGCUUUGUCGGUGAGGACGCCGAGAGGAACCGGAGAAAGCAGCUCCUCCGCCGCGGCGAAGGGUGAUCAGGCCGGUCUAGUUGCCAAUGACUCGGCCAAGUUGCCGGUUUAAGGUGAGAAAAGAAUCAAUUUUGAGGGCUUUAAUAAUUGGUGGUGAGAUAAGGGAUGAUUUUAAUUGGUUCACAGACAAGACACAAACGUUGUGGUUGGAAAAUUCACGUUAGAGUAGGACCCACAAAGUUGAAAAUACCAGAGACUCCACUUGUAUUGUUUUAUUGUAUUGUUUGAUUGAAAUUUGAGCUAGCAGCUAGGUGGGAAUUGUAUUAUAAUUUAUAAACAUCACAAGGCUUUGGAACUUUGUUACAGUAUAAAAUAUAAAGUUCGGUUGGGGACAGGAAUUUGACAGCCUUUAUUUGUAUAUAUAAAAACUUUCAUCAUGUGGGUUGCCACUAAAUUGUAGUGUAAUUCCAGUUUUAGCACUUGAUGAGCAUAUAAAAAUCAAUUUUUUUUAUA